GUGCUGGAGCGCUGGAGCCUGCGCUGAGGAAGGCGACUUCAGCCAAAUUGGCGCAGCUGGAGAAAGGAAACAGAGGGGUCAGUCCCACCUCCUGCCUGGCCAAGGGUGCACCAUGCAAGAGAGAGCAAUUCAGAUGUGGAGACUCAGCACUUGAAGCACUUGGAUGCCCGGGAACAGUAGGAAACUGGGAGGCAGAAGAUUGUCAGACUCAUGACAUGUAUUGCAGGCAGGCACUAGAUGGCAGGGGACCGGCAUCCUAGAGUGCUGCUUGGAAUGGGGCCACACUCACAGUUCCCAAAUGCAGGGAGACUUAAGCUCAGAGGACCACUGAUGGGCUUCACACGCCCAUUCCCCUGCUAUGAAAACGUCCAAAUGCAGCAUCACCCUUCCGAGCCCUGCAUUCUGCCCCAGCCUAGGAUUGCCAUACCCAGCCCAUAAGUACUCACCCUGGCAGCCUGGCACUGGAAUUCCUAUCGGCAAGUCACUGAACGCUGCAGGACCUGCACUGACUCAGGGCGAGCAGUGUCAGCCCCUCUGGGAUCCUGCUGGAUCCUCCUGGGUGCUGCCACCAACCCUCUCAGCCUCAGACAUCAGGUAGAGCAGCCUGACGUGAGCCACUGCAUUCCAACUGCCAGCCCCCAAAUCCAGCCAGCUUUGGGAGGUGCUGCCCCCAGCCCCAGGCUUAGCAGGAACUCCUUCCCUGGAUGGGCUUGGCACCACCACCCCCGGGCACCGGCACUGGGAUUCACAGUCCCAGCUGCCAAAACUCCUCCGAGUGCAGCAGAAUUGUCUCCCUGGGGCAUCUGCUCUGGGAUUCCUCCCUUUCCCUAUCCCCACCCAGCCGAAUACAGCAGGGCAUAUACAUAACCCGUUUUCACUAACACCCGGGGUUCGUGUUUCCUGCUGCCAAACCAGUAAUGACUGCAUCUCUGCCUCUUGGACCGUGAACUCUGGGGUGUUCAUGGCCACUGAGAAAAAUACAGGUGUGGUGUGCCCAGGGCAUCACGCAGUGGGGAGGUGGGGGGGAAGGGGACUCUCGCUUCCAGUGCCUGAACUCGCUCUGCUCAGUGCUUGGAGAUAGCUGCUAGCUAGUUCCGUGGUCCCAGAUCACAGUCUCGUAUCAGUAGCUGUCACCACAGCCCUUAGUGCCGGCUGGGAGAUUAAAAAAUGACAGCAAACCUAGCAUUCCUUCUCUGCAAGGAGGGCUGGGUCCUCCUCGGGUUUGUUUUGAUUUUUUCAUCACUAUUUCGAGUGGAAUCGUUGCAGUGGGGGAGCUGGGCGAAGCAAGGAUUUGCAUGAAGCUCUCGGUGCUGCGGGGUUGCUAAUGGUGAGCGUUAUUUCAGCCAGCAGUAAGUUUCAUAAUCUUGGCCCAGCUCUUGUGAAUGUUCCAUUUUUCAGGGUCAUGAGCCUCUUUACCCUUCUUCCAUCCCUUCCCCCUCUCCCCAAACUGGUUGGCAAUUUCAUUGUUCCAGUGGAAUAUAUCCGUCAUGUGAGGUCAUCGCUGCAUAAGGAGAGGUGAUUGAUUGCUUAGGUCACUGGGGCCUGUCCCAUGCUGGGCUUUGAAUGCUGGUUUGGAGACCUUGAACCGGACUGUGUGCUCAAAGGCGAGGCGAUGUGGGGUGCAGAGGGGCACGGUGAUGCAUUCCCGGCAGCUUGAGUUGCCGAGCAAACAGACUGCUGCAUUCUGAACUAGCUGGAGCGCUCUGAGAGCAGACAGCUUCAUUCCUAGAGGCACAGUAUCACAGCAGUCAAGCUCUAGAUGUUACAAAAAUACAGAUAGAUCAUCAUCUGCCAGCUGAGCCAGACAGAAUCGGGUGCAACUCUUUUCCCAUCCCCGAAUGGAAGGAGCCUCUACCCGCUCCUCGCUAACACGGCUUGUGUGCGCUUGGCUUCAUCCAACUGCUCUCCAGUCAGAGCUGAUCUCGGCUAGGCAUUGAGAAAGCUGUGAGAUUCUCAGAUUUUAAGGCCAGAGGGACCAUUUUGAUCAUCGAGACUGACCUACAGCAGAGCACAGGCCAGAGAAUUUCACCAAUUUAAUUUCCUGUGCCAAGCCCAUAACUUCUGAUUGAACUGUAGCAUCUCUUUUAGGAAUACAGCCAGGCAAAGGCUGCAGGCAGUAGGGAACACACCACCUGCCUAGGUGAAUUGUGCUGGUGUGUGACCCUCUUUAUUAAUAGUAUUGUUCCUCAUUUGAAUUUGUCAAACUUCAGCAUUUUGUAACAGAAGGUUACAGAUUGCACUUGAUGCGAGGCAGCUACGGCACACGGCUUGCACCUUGAUUCUUUUAUUCCUGUGAUGCCUUUUUUAUUUGGAUAGGAUUUAUCUAUGGCAUUAAGGUAUACAAGAAUCCUGAACACGGAGAAGGAGUUAUCGUAAGCGAAUCCUAGGGCUUUCCUGGGGCACAGUAGUAUCUGAACUCCAGAGCUCGGGGUGUCACAUUCAGGGUUUAGUCAGAGCUCCCUGCUCUGAGCAGGAGUGCAGCAGGCUCUGCUCCUUAGCCAUUAGGUAGGAUGUCAAUUCCCAGCUGCCCUUGGUGAAACACUACAUAUGCUUUGGGGCAUGGCUACUGAGAUCUGCUCUCUCAUGUCCCAGCAGUGGCGGGUCCGUGCUGCAGGAGACUUACAAAGAGGGAGGAAGCACAGAUGGGUGUGGGGAACAGCAGCAGGAUUCCUGCUUCCAGCCUGCAAAUGCAUGAGAGCAGCUCCUAACAGAUUAGCUCCAGUCUGGAGUGAUGGUGGGGUCCAUAUGCAGUAGCAAAGAACAGUGUAAUUCUUACUCGCUGCUUUCGAGCACCAAGAUUCACAAACUGAGCUCAAUGAAGUGCCCCAGGGAAAUAGCUUUGUCAUUCACACUCUGUCAUCUGUGCAUCACAGGUCUGGAACGCUGAGAUGAAGGCUCUGUACCUAGAGUGAAAGUAUGCAGGUUUCUUGAUCAGACUCUGGGAGCAGCCCUGUCCAGUUUUAUUGCCAUUAGACCUGGGAAACACGUAUGAAAGCAAGAGCAUUGCCAUGAGGUACUGGUACAGAAAUCUAGUCUCCCUGCUCUGGCACACAAAGGCUUCUUGAAUGGUAUGAGGUGGGAUUUAUACUCCCAGGUAGUAAGAGCAUUGGCAUCCCCUCCUCUGCUCUGAAGGUCUACCAGUUUAUUCAGGAUCCACACUGGGACCUGCAUCCAGAGCUGAAUGAAGGGCAUGUGUUACUCCUGCCCUCCAGCACAGCAGGGUCGGUGCCCAGGACACAAUCCCACUGCUGGUGGCUGACCACAGAGUGCCCCAGACAUGCUUUGUCUGCUGUUUAAUCAAUAAUCCACAGGGACAUUUCAAACAUAAACGCUCCAAGCACGGUGGAAUCCAGCCUGCACUGCCUGAUAUUUUCACUGGAGACCAUCCUUUGGUCUCACACCUUCCAUGCCAUGUCCUGCUCCCAGCUGCUCCACAAUCAGUCCUGGGUGUGCCAGUGCAGGACACAUUCUGUCUCUGGCCACGAUCUCAUUAACAAACCAGUAUCUGUUUAUGGAGACCAAUCAACUUUGCAUCAUUCCUGCACUCACCUGGAGCCACCUUUGGAGUGGGGGCAUCCAGAAUCACCAGCUCUUCACUCUGGGCAGCAGAACCCAUGCACAAUAGUGUCCUCAGUCCAAGGCUUGCACCCUCAUGUAUGGGCUGUCCUCUCCUCAGCACCAUGUGCACGUGAGGCGGUUGGUGCUGCAGCUCACCCCUCCUCAGCUCAUUCCAUACUUUAUCUGCUCCAUAGGGCUGAAAUUUAGACUACCGUGUGUGAAAGCCAUCCAGGAUUUGGCUCUGUAGGGUUUCUUAUUCCCAGGUUUUCAACCCUGGAUGUCCAUAGACCGGGAUGUCAUUCCCGAAGCUCACAAUCUCAGCUUUGAAGAACAGUGAUGUCUCCAUUAUGAGACCUCCCAACAAGCGAGGAGAGCACAGCAACCCCACAUUCCUACCCCCAGGCACACUUCUGAGGGUAGAGCCAUUGCUGUUAGGAGUGCUAGAGGUUAUACGUGCACCAUUGCUGUACCACACUUCUCCGUGGGGCUGGCACUGAGGUCUACCUGUACCUGGAGAAGGCUGCCCCUGCUGGCAUGGCACAGUCCAGCCCCACAUCUCUCCUGCUUCCCAAUGCAAAACAGCCCCCAGCCCCCGAAGACUUGAGCUGACUGAGAGUGCCGUGCCACAAGUAGGCUCUUCAUCCCAGGGAACUGCUGUCCCUGUGGUGAGUCCUAGUCAUGGCCCCAGGCACUCCAAGCCACCUUGAAACCUCUCCUGCAACUUGUGUGUGCUCUAGCCUGGGGAUUCACACGAGGAGGUCCUCCAUGCUUGGAAUUCUCUCCCUUUCAAAGUCCAGAAUAAAUUCUGUCAUGGAUUUGUGUUGCCAGACAUGAUCUUCCACGGCAUCGUGAUCAUAAUCCAGAUGGCCAAGAUCUCGCCAGUAUCUGGCUUCAGAAGAAACUUGCUCCAUUCUGCUGCCUCUCUGCAGAGCUGCAUUUUAAUACUGAGUCCCCUCCAAGGCUUAGAGGUUCAGGAGCAAAGAACAAAGAAAUGCUGAGAAUAGCUGCUCUUUUCUCCUCAUCUUCGUCUCAGGAUCCCUCCAGAGACUGAUCUUGCCCCGGAGGGAGGGGCAGGGCACAUUAGCCAACAAUUCUUUUUUUUUCCUGUGAACUUUGUUUAAAUAUUUAACAGAAGGAAACUAAAAAUAUCCCCAGUUAAUGCAGCAGGAGCUAGAUAGCUACUUAGUCUUGGGUGCCCUUCCUCCUGGCCCCUCUUCUCAGGUGUACAUCACAGCAAGCCCUGGGCUCUUCCCUCAGGAAGAGGAAGCCUCCCACCGAGGAGGGGCUGCAGUUUUUGUUCGGGGCAUGGGGUGCGCAGGGUCGGAUGGUGGAAGCCGUGAGGUGCAGCACAGCUGGCUCAGGGCUGGAGGGGCAGGGUUGGCCUCUGCAUUGACUCUCUCAGCCAAGCAUCCCUGUUUCUCCAUCCCGGCAGCCACGGGAGGGCAUAAUUGUGGGUUGUUGGCAUUCACGCUUUCCCCUUCACGAUGAAGGAGCAGGCUGAACAUCUCGCAUGAUUUUUUUUUUUUUUGUCCUGUGUGUGCGUGCGGCUGCAGAGAGGAUCCGGGGUCAGGCACAUAAGAGCUCACCGGGGAAGGGCAGGCACGGUGCCGUGCCCAGCCAAGGGAAGGGGUGGGCAGCGUGAAGGGCAGCCGUGCCACCACCAGGCUGGUGCUAGAGAGUGCUGAGCGUCCAGGGCAGAAAUCCGGCUGAGAGGACCUGACCUCACUCCGUGCUUUUGUUGCUCAGCCGUGGGAGGUGGGAGAGAAAAAGGAGGAAUAGGGGAGAAAGGGAAGUAUGGGACAGUGCAGAGGACAUUAAGACAAGGAGUGUGGGAAGGUAAUUUUGUGUUAGCUAAGAGAAAAGUAAAUACUAAAUAUUUGAUAGGCAUAUUUUUUCUCUUAAAUUCUUUAGUGAGGCUGGACUUUUUCUCGCUGAUUCACUCUUUCUCAGUCGUCUUGGUUUACCAUUCCCGUGCUUCCCCUCUCGCUCCCUCGCUCUGGCACACAAUGAAGAGGCUCUUUUUUAAUAAAUGGAUUACACACUCCACACUAUAAAUAAACACAGGAAUUAAGACUCCAACUUGUUCCAGUGAUAAGCAAACAAAGAUGCUGAAUUCCACUCUCGGCCCUCAGACAGGAGAGUCCCUGGGGAAGCUGCGCAUGUGCCCGGGCACGUGUGCUGGAGAGAUCGCUCCUUGCUUUUGUGAGCAUAUACUAACGCACGUGUUUUGGGGUGGACUUGGCAUCGGGGCGGGGGAUGACGAUGCACCUCCAUGCAUGGAGGGCAAGGGAGCAGGAGAGGGUGCACAUGUGUGUGCAUGGACUCCCCUUAUCCUGCCUGCCGGGGCUGGGAGCUCACCUGGGGUGGCAAACGCUGCCCGCAAGGGGAGAGCUGUCACCACUGUGUGAGGGGACACUGACACCCCUCCCUUUUGGUUGCCAGUGAAGAAGAUGAGACAAGAUCCUGACUGAGCAAAGACACUGUUGCAUCUGAGAUGGAACCCAGUGCCUGGUAGGUUCACAGCUUCCCACACUGGCAGCAGGAUGCCUCCACUCCUCUCCCGCAUCCACUCCCUGCAGCUGUGGCAUCUCCUCCUCGUUGUCCUGGCCGUCCCUCCUCCUGGCACAUGGUCUCUUCGCUCUCGGGGCCCAGCAGCCCCUCGGCCUCUUUGCACUCGCCGGAACCCCUCGGCCCCACGCUCCAUUUGCAUCUGGGAAAGGACCUCGCAGCCGGAGCGGGAUUCCCGUUCGGAUUCCCGCUCGGAUUCCCGCUCGGGCCUGCCGCGCCAGCGUGGCCUGCCCGCGCGAGGAGCAGAGCUGCGGCACGUGGUGCGGCUGAGGCGCCAGGCCGCGGGGGCCCGGCCUGCCACCCCCUCCGGGUUCGAGGAUGGCAUGCCCUCCUCCCAGUACCCCUGGGCCAUCGUGUGGGGUCCCACGGUGUCGGAUGAGGAUGGAGGGGACACAAACUCGGCCAACCCAGGCUUCCCACCGCUGGGAUACACCUUUGUCUCGCCGCACGGGAUGGCGACGGCGCAGCCCAACUCCCACUCGCUCCUGCACAACGCGGGGCUCAACCUGCGCGAGACCCCAGCCACCCUCCGGCCCUUCUUGUUCGGGCCCCGGGGAGAAGGUGUGGAUCCCCAGCUGUACGUCACCAUCACCAUCUCCAUAAUCAUUGUCCUGGUUGCCACUGGAAUCAUAUUCAAGUUCUGCUGGGACCGAAAUCAGAAACGCCGGCGUCACUCGGGGCAGCAGAGCAGUGGGAGGCAGCAAGAGAGCCAGCAGCCCCUCACAGACCUCUCCCCCACCACCGUCAGCAUCCUGGGGCCCUAUGGAGACCCCCUGACCCCCACACCUGAGGCAGAGGAGUCCAGGCAGGGCCAGGAGGGUGCAGAGAAGCUGGGUGGCCAUGGGAAGAAUGCAGCCUUCCAGCUCAACCGAAUCCCACUGGUGAACCUGUGAAGCUCCCAGGAGAGGCUGAGCCGGCUCCCCCACCCUCCUGUCACAGCUGGCGAGUGCGGACUCUCGCCACCUCUGCUACCCCAGGAAAAAAACAACCUCCUUGUGCCACGGCCCACCACCACCAUUAUUAACUAACCGCACCGGGAUGUGCCUGGGCAAAUGGACGAGCUGGGCCUCCUCAGCCUCCUGCUGGGGGAAGGUUGGGGACCCGCCCUGCCUACGCAGGACAGGGUGACCAGAGAGCAGAAUGGUGGGAGGGAACCACAGCUGGUGGUGGUGUGAUAUCUUGACCUCCCCAGCCCCUCUUCUAGCAUAUGUGCACAGACACACUUGGAUCUCCAUGACUCUCUCACCAGUGCAUGCCUGACAUUGGGGGUAGGCAAGGUGGAAAGGCAUACCCCUGUCCCCGUGGGCCCUCACCCUCCGUGUGUCCCUUCCCAUGUUGUGUGCUUUGCAGUGAACGUCUGGAGUUCAGUGGCUGCAGGAUUGCCCGCCAGGUGACUCGGAUGGUGGCAACUUUGUCUGUUCCUGAGACCCGAGAGUCCCAAGGGUGGGUGAAGCUUGGGCAGAAGAGGCUCACUGAGCACCUGGGCCCUCUCAACAACCCAUUUCCUUGAAGGAAACAUUAUCUUCCCCCUAGACAGAAGAUAUUCACAUCUUUCCAGUUUCUUUCUGCCUAACAUUCCUUUGGGAUUUUUUCUCUUCAGCUUAUAUUUUUCUUCCUCUCUCCGUCCACAGUUUUUUCCCCUCAGUUCCCACCCCCAUGCCACUUCUCCUGCCAGUUAAAGUUGGAAAAGAUUCCUCUAGCUUUCCAAAUGUUUUGAUAUAUUGAAAGCCUCCUUGCUGUCCCUCUCCACCCCUUCAGCCUCCUUCAGCAAGGUUUUUCUGAAUAACACCAGUCUAUGAAUAAUAUGAGUAACACCUUUCCAGAGGUGAAGCCCUCUGCUCACCGUGUUAUUUAGCAAGUGUCCUGUACACAGCUAAAGUGUGGAAUGCAGACAUUGCUGGGCAUGAGGAACUUGAAUUUUUCUGAGCUCUGAAAGAGAUUUGCUUUCAGAUAAUCCUUGCACAGGCAACGAGGCAGCAGACAGGACUCUGCGCUUGGGAUGACCAGGAGCAAUUUAGAGUUGAUCUUGGCAACAUUGGAAGGGUUGCCACGUCCUGCUGGUAGGUCUCUCCUGGAUUGCAAGGUGACUGGAAGCCCACAAAGCAGUGCUCACCAAGGGCAUGAGAGAGAGGUGUCUGGGCUCCCAGGUGAAGCUUCAUUCAGUUCCCCAGCUGGUCAGAAACUGAAAGCAAUGGCACAGGUAUCUGUCCCGAUUGGUUGCCUGUGCAUAUCCUUCGGAGCUGUGGUGGUCUAUGGGGCUGGCAGCCACACUGUCACUUCCCUGUGUGAGCAAGAUCCGUGCAUCUCCACCUCUUCAGAGGCAUGGACUCAUGGGUGUCACUUUGAGGACGUGUGAGAUGGAAAAUUUCAGCUUAAUGACAAUAGUUCCUCUUAGCUUUUAUGGACACCUUCAAAUUAAUUAAAACCCCACACUGACAAAAGGUGAAAAGAUGCACAUUUAGAUCAGGUUGCCCCUACAGUGUACAAACACCUUCAGCUGCUGGGCUGAUGUGGCCAGAGGCAGGAAAAUCACCCACAAUUUGAAGGCCCUAAUUCACCAUACAAGGUCUCUGACGAAAGUCAUCUUGGAGAGAGGGAAGUGGCCUUUCAUCCUUUAUCUCUGCAUUAAAAGCCUGUUCUUUAUAGGACAAAGCACAGGGAAUUUCAUAAGAGGCCUGGUUCUGCCUGUUUACCCAGCUGAACCAUUAGGUGUUCUCGGGUCCCUUCUGACUCACUGUGAAGGGCAUUUAAAUGAGAGUGUAAAUUACAAUAAGCUUCCCAAAAACAGUAGAGAUUUGGAGAAAAUGACAGGUCAAAUAAAAUUACUGGCUUAUUAAAAGCACAGAGUGGCUGAAAGAUGUAGGUGGAAAAGGACUCUGGAGAUCUCUAGUCUAAGCACAGGUUGAGUCUGUGCUUACAGCAGGGGAUAUUAGUGCUUUACCGUAGAUCGAUCUGUUACUGAGCCUGUUCCUAUUUAGGAUCCAUGCAAGGAUUUGGUGGACAUUUAAGCUGCAGAUGGACAGGGAAGGACCAAGCAGCAGUUCCUGCUUGCUGCCCCAUUUAUUGCUGCCCCUGUUCCCCCUCUCCCUGGCACCUCCCUGCUGGGGAAGGACAUCUGCAGGAGGCUGCACUGAUGAUUGCUGGCAAUUUACAAUACCUUGAACUGGCUGAAGUAAUCUUCCAGACCAGAUUAAUUAGAUUGUUCUUUGAUCAACAGCAUUUGUUGAAACAAGGCCAGAGUUUAGACUCUUCUACUUCAAUGGCUGUCCUUGGACUUUCUCUUUCCACAUGCUGCAUGGAGAGAAGGUUUGUAAGAAAGUGGCAGGGGUCCGCAGGAAGCAUAGUGAUAAUAUUUUCCAGCACUUGAUGCGGGGAAGCCCUGUGCUCUCCUGGGAAGGCUUUUGUAAAUUUGGCAAACAAAACAGAUUUUGGUUUAGGGUUUUUUCCUCCCCCUUUUACAUGUCUCUGGUUUUGGUAAAAGUAUCUCUGGGGAGUCAAACCUUUCAUGGAUACUGUGGAAAGGGGAAAGCUGGUGAAGCUGUGUAGAAAAAACUUACAACAACAGAGGCUUGGGUAUAAUGAAUAUCUUUUCUAAGAACAAUUUUCCUAGCCAAAUACAUUUUUAUGAUAGUCAUUCAAUCUCUCACACGAAACAGGUUAGAUACAGGGAAACAACUUCAUUGUCCUGCCCAAACAUUCAUUGCUGUGCUUUGUCCCUGGAACAAAACACUCAGAACGCAUGUGGACACACAAGCUUCUUCCAGUCAAUAAAUAAAUCGCAUUGGAUCUGUUUUCUCCAUGACUGGAGCCUUAUAAACCAUCUUCCCCUACACAGACUGGAGUCAGAGCAUGCCUGAGGUCUCUACCCUGGCCCAGGGUAAUAUUUUGUAGCAUGUGCACUUGGAUGGGCUGACAGCACUGAGUACCAAGCCAGGGCAGAGGACAGCACCUUCUUAGUCACAGCCCAUCAGGUUUCCCUGUCUUCUAGGUGAAUGGAGGUGAAAGAUUUUUUCUUCUUUCCAUUAGAAAUGGAAAGGCUUUUUCUUUCCAUGAGAGAGAAGAGUGUGCAGGGAGACCAACUGGAAGUGUUCAUAAUCUUGGGUUAAUUCUGCCAAACAUCUCUAUGCUAUUUAAAGGGACCAUCUAGGUGGGCCGAGUGAGAUGAAGUAACUGUGUCUCUGCUGAGCUCCUGGAGAGCCCUGGCUUUUUGAACACAAGGGUGAUCUCUCUGUGAGCACAGUGAAAGGGAGGGAAGUUCCUGCUUUGAAGUAGGAACUGGAGUCUUCUUCUCUUUACCCAAGAGAGUGGUAUGACCACAAGGCUAAAUCCUGCUUGGGCUUUGCCAUCUGGUUGGUUGCAACUGGUGGGCAGCAAGCAGACUUCUGGUGUGUGCUUCCACACCUCUCCUCCAGUCCAGUUUCCUGGGACUCACAUCCAGCAUCCCAAAAUUCAGAGAGGGCUAUCUACCUCUUCCUCAAUGGCACCCAAGUGCCCUUGCAAAUCUGGUCCCUUCAUUUCUCACUCCAGUUCCCAAUGAAGAAAAAUAUUCGGAAAGGAGUGGUUCGUUCACUUCCUGCAAGUUCUCAAACAGGACCACGUUGAGACUGUUCUGAAUUAAACCGUGGUUUUGUUUUUUCACUCUGACAAACCACAUCUGUGGCACAGCCUUAGAGCUGAGACCUGCAGCACAAAAAUCCUGAGUCAAACUCCAGCUCCCCAGCUGCAACCCUGCUAACGUCCCACUGUAGUCCUGGCCUUACCCUGGCAGGACCAUAGAGAGAGAGGCCCCUUCCUUCACCAACUGCUGGCUCUCUACUCCUCUUUUCCUGUUGUUUUCCCUCUCCCACUGUUUUCCCUCUUCCCACUCUUGUCCUGUACCAUGGUUCUCCCUCCUGGUUCUCUCUCCCCUCCUAUUGUUUCGCUCUCCCUACUCCUCUCUUGCUCUCCCUUUGCCACUCGGUCUCGUUCUGCCGCGGCUUCCAUCCUCCCCUCCAGCCUCCCUCCUGCUCCUCUGCUCAGUCUCGCUCUUCCCCCUCCCCUGCCCUUGUGCGCUGUGAUAUAUAUUUUUGUAGGAUUUCUCUUCUCCUUGUGGUGAAAUAUUCAAAUCUUGUGGGAUGUUAGUUUCAACAUUUUUAAAUAAAACUUUGCAAAAUAUUGAAAGCAGA